GUCACGUGUCAAGUGUCAAGCAAACACACAAGAUGGCCGCCAAGUUGUAUUAUUUCUACCAGCGCGGGAUGGCAGAGCUGCCCCGCUUGGUGUGUGUGGCUGCAGGAAUAGAGUUUGAGGAAAUCAACCUAACUACAAGAAGCGAUUUGCUGAAGCUUCUCGAAGAAGGAAAACUCUUGUUCGGUCAGAUCCCUCUGUUGGAGAUAGACGGCCAUCAGAUCGUUCAGACCAGAGCCAUCGUGCGCUAUGUGGCAAAGAAAGCUUCCGGCUCGCUGCUGGGAAAGAACGAUGCCGAGGAAAUACG